AUGAGCUGGUUGGCGGAUUUGCUCGUCAAAAAUAGCUCGGAUCCGAGAGAACGUCUCGAAUUGGGUCAAGCUCUGGUUUCGUCUCUCCAAAUUCAACCACUUCCCACCGAUUCCACGCAACUCAACGACUUUUGCGAUAUUGCUUUUCAAUGGCUUGCCGGGAGCAAUUUUAAAGUAGCCUUGUUAGCCUUGGAGGCUCUAGAUGUGGCCGUGAAUGUGAACGGACCCGUUUUGAUGCCAUAUCUAAUUGAUCGGAUUACACAAAUGAUCGAUCGACUAGGCGACUCAAAAACGGCAGUUCGAAUGUCGACAUCCGAUCUACUCUUCACAAUGGCAACGAAUGGCCCACAGAUAAUUCUGGAAAAAGUGAUGCCAGCGCUGGGGCACCGAGUGUGGAUGGUGAGAUGCGGGGGAAUGGACGUGAUUACGAGAAUCGUCAUAAAUAACAAAGCCCUAACACCGCAAAUCGCUCGAUUUUUGCCGACUUUUUGCGCCCUCAUGGCCGAUCCGAAUCCAGAGGUCCGAGAAUCGGCGAACGAAGCCUUGGCCCAAUUGAUGGCGGCGUUUGGACCCGAGAUUGUACAAAGCAUUCAACAGCAAAAGUUGUUGCCUGAUAAAAAACUAGAACAACUGGCUGCACGCUGCGAGGAAGCGCUACGAAACAGCCCGGUGAGGAGCUCACGGCCAACUACACGAAUAGCCCAAGUCAGACGUUUCCCACCGCCCACCCAACCACAGCCACAACAAUCAUUUCUCCCGCAAAGGAUGAGUAGUCACGAUCCAUCCAGAAUCGAUAACGAGAUGAGGAGCGCGAAAUUAGAAGCCGGGGUAAUAACCGAAGAGAAUAUUCGCGAUGCCUUCCCGCAAGCACCGCCGCAACUUACUCGGCCGUUUGCAGAAGAAUUGGAGGCGGUGAAAGCAAUAAUACUAGAUAUUAACCUGGAUUGGGCGAAACGACAGGCAGCUCUCAAGCGAAUUCGUGAAGUCGCGAUGUUGGACGAAGCAAAUGGCGAAGUUUUUGCAGCAUCUAUCAAAGCAAUGACGUCUGGGCUAACGGCAAAUUUAAAGGACCUUCGAUCACAGAUCAUGAAAGAGACUUGCAUCACGUUAUGUUUUCUUUGUGAACGUUUUGGAUUGCGUAUGAUGCGCCUUGGUGAAGCUGUGAUGCCCGCUCUACUUAACCAUCUAAAGAAUUCACAAAACGUCUUCUGGUCAUGUGCGCAAGUAACAGCUAUGGUUAUUAUGCAAUGCAUUCAGUCACCGGCCAUAAUACAACCAAUUUUGAGGGAGUUCGACUCGAAGGCCAAAAAAGUUCGAGAGGCUGUGUUAAUACUUGCGGAGAAAGCACUGUCAUGGCCGCCUCAAUUUCUGCAAGACUCGAUGAAGUCGAUUGAGAAAGCUAUCAAAAAUGGAAUAUGCGAUGCGGAUGCAGCAACGAGAGCUGCUGCCAAAGUCACUUAUGGAACUUUUGAGGCGUGUUGUCCAGAAAGAGCGCAGAUGCUGUACUUGAGUCUUGGGCCUGACGGUCAGAAACGUUUGAAUGCACCUGGGUCCAAGCCGCAAUCUCGAUCGACAUCUCAACAAUCGUUGGUAGGCAACGAUGCUGGAACUAUGCGAAAGCCUUUCAUGCCGAGAUAUCCUUCGAACGACCGACGAGGGAUUGCGGAUAUGAAUUCAUCGUUUGGACGAUCUGCUUCAGCAAUCGAUGCGUCUGCCGUGGCGAUGCUUCAGUCAGGUCUACGUCGUCCUAAGAACCCGUACUUGAUGGGAAGAACUCCAGUCAGGAACCCGAUUGUCACCAGUCAACCGCCAUCAAGAUCCGGAAGUCCAACUCGAAUGGGGAAUGGGCGUGGUGCUCCUACUCGACAAGUGCAACCUACAGCAAGAAUUAACACGGGGCUUGUGCGGCCACAGAACCACAUUGCGGCCUACGGGAGGCAGAAAACCCAAGAAGAUAUCCAGAAAGCACUUCGACAAGUUCAGGCGAACUUUGGCUUUGACGAAAACGGAUUUGGAGAAUUUGCCCGACCGAAAGUCCCGCCAGCACGUUUUCAAAAGAGUCAAGAAAUUAACCUGGCAAAUGUGAUUCAACUUAUUGAGUCAAAUGAGGAUAUCGAAAAGAGACGUGGCCUCGAGACGUUGAAUAAGAUGAUUUCACAAAAAGCACCGUUGAGCUCCGAUGACAUCAAGCUACUUUCGGAUGCGUUGGGUCGAAUUGUAGCCGGUGCUCGUCACGGAGUUAUGGCUUCAUUCUCCGAUAUGAUGACAAGCUUCAUUGUCACGUAUGCCAAGUCUUUCGACCUCAACUCAUUGGAUUUCCUUCUAAGACAAUUGAUACUUAAAGCGGCAAUGGAGGUUUUACCAGCUAACGCAGAGAGGUACACGAAGGUUAUCGGAUCCAUUCACGCUCACGUCGACGCGCAAACGCAAUUGGUGCUCAUCAGCAAAAAGAUUCAGGAGCCGCACACCGGAUAUUCACCCAAGGUUCGCCUUCGCAUGCUUCAAUUUUUGGCCGACGUUCUGAAAACUCCCGAUGCCUGCCUUUCCCUAAAUAGUCCAGAAGUGAAAGCUGCCGUUCAACAAAUUUUGACUCAGAUCCAGGAUCAGAAGUUUGCGAUGUUGAAGCCGAUCAGCGAGCAAGUGAUUCAGAAUUUGUUUGCAAUCUCAGUUUCGGAGUUCUCUGCCAUUUUGUCGCAAAUGCCCAAUCAGUACAAACAGUUGGCGCACGCACUUUUGAAAAAAGAUCCGCCUGCGAACGGUUCGCCGAGUCAUACUUCCUCAUCGAUUCGGGAGAUCACUCAAAAGAUGCAAGCGUGUCAGAUGACGCCAACACCUGAAACGUCAACUUCAACACCAGCUUCACUUCGAACAACAUAUGCAUCACCGACAACCACCGCAACCACAGACGAAGACGGAACAAGUGAUUCUACGGAUUUUGAAAUCUUGGAAACCACGCAACAUCUAACUCAUGACAUCCCACGACAAAGCGACCGUAUCAAAGACAUACUACAAAGUUUGAAAUCCUACACAAAGAAUGCGCCUUAUGAUUCACGCAACGGGUUGAGCUGGCUAAACCAGAUGCUCAAAGACAAAUCGUUCACAGUGUGGGAUGAAUACUUCGCACCGUGCCUUCUUGCCAUCUUCGAUUUGCUCAAAGUCGAAGACGAUGUGGUCGUGAAGAUGUCGCUGCGACUUCUAGAAAAAUUCUGCUUUGCUCAACCGCAACGUUUUGGACCAUUCGCUGUGACGACGAUUUUGAAAGUCCUGGACGUUUGUAGAAACACGAAUCCCACUGUAGUUCAAAUUGCUGAAAAGUGCGCUAGUUCAAUGGCCAAACUUUUGCCUCGCGCCGAUGUCCUUAAAGCUACAGUGACAAUUAUCCAGGAAGAGAAGGAUCCCCGAGUGCCAGCAGCUCUCAAGAUGCUUGCGACGCUUGCCAACAAUAUCGAUGUGUCGGAAGUGGGUGGACUGGUGGAUCAGGUGGCAAGCUACGUGAUAACGGCUUUUCAAAACGAUGAGGUGACAGCGGUGCGAAAAGCGGCAGUGACGGUGAUGGUGGCUUUCCACAAGAAGGUGCCAGCGAUCAUGACAAAAUACUUGGACUCAUUGCCGGCCAAAAAGAGAAAACUUCUCGAUGUCUACAUCCAACGCGAUCAAUCGGCCAGCACACACUUC